AUGAGAUUUUUUUUCACAGAAAAGAAAGCAUAUAUAAUAAUAGGAAGUGUUUUGUUUAUAGCACUUGGGCUGGCUUCAGCUACUAUUUAUUUUAAAUCCCAGAAAAACAAAAAGGUAACUGAACCAGAUAAUAAGGAUAUAGCAAGAAAAGAUGAAUUAGAAAAAAUACAAAAUAAACAGGAAGAUGCUGAUAGUAGAGAAAUAAAAAGCCAAAUGGCUUUUAAAGAAAAUUUACCAGAACAGGUGCAUGCAAAAAAAGAAAGAAACACGAACACAAAUGACAUAGUUAGUGCUUCUAUAUCUGACUUACCAACCCCAAGCCAGAAAACUUCUGCAUUGAAUGGAGUAAAAAGUAAAAGAGCGCCUUAUAACCCGAAUAAGAGAUUUAAAAGUCAACUUAAAAUUGAAGUAACUAAGGAUAACAAUUUUAUUGUCAUAGAUGAUAAAAAAGUGGACAAAGCCACUAAAGAGACAAGAAACCGGUUAGAAAAAGAAAACAUGUCUAUAAAAGAAAGUAGUUUAGUAGAUUUUAACGAGAAACCAGAUUCCAUUGAUACCAAAAAUGCUUCUCUACGGCCGAAUAACCUCCAAGAUUGUGCAAAGGCCGAUGAUGAUGCAUAUAUGUGCAAUGAAGUAUCUAAAAUUAAAUUUAAUCCAUUAAUAUACAUGAAAGAUGUAAUAAACUCAAUUCGCAACCCAGAAGAAAUCAUAGCGGAAUCCUUUAACAAGUGCGUAGAAUACACCAUUUAUGAAUUUGUUUUUCUUCUUGGGGGGUCUAUACAAGAAAGAAAAGUAUUAAUUUCCGAAAUAGAGCGCGAGUGUACUACAAAUAAAGUCAGUAAAUACCAGUACAUAUUUGACCAUCCAAAAAGUCAAAUAACCAAAACAGAUAUAGUACAGCUAAAAAUGUUUAUAGAUGUUCAUGGGCCCAAAACAUACAAUGAUGAGGAAGAAGCACUGGGCAUACCAGAAGAUUCCAACAACUUAAAUCUUACAAUGGGUGAUGUUCUAGUGAGAUUAAAGAAUUAUUAUCAUCAGGAUAAGUUAUUUUUGGAUAACCAAUUUAUGGAUAUUUUUAAUAUAAGUAGCAAUAUAAAGAAAGUAUUGGAAUGCCUUCUAACCAUUCCAGAAAUAAUACAUGAUUUAUCCUAUGUAAUGUCUUUCAGUGUAAUUAAGGCAUCUAUUACUCGUAUAAUGGAUACGAAAGAUGAUAAACAUUAUCAGGUAAACAACUGGUUCUCAGCCAACAAAAACAAUGUUUCUGGGUUUCUAAUGCUAUACUAUAUACUGACAACACUUAAGGAGAUUGCAGAAAUACACAAGCUAUAUUCCAGUGAUUUUCAAGAACUAAAAAACAACAAAAAUUAUUUAACCCAAAUUAAAGAAAUUGGACUACGGCUUGAACAUAUUAUGAGCGAAAGGGAAGCGUUUUAUUCCAAGUAUGCUGGUGAGUGUGAUAGAUAUUAUCUAAUGGGUAUAGAUUUAUACAAUGCAAUGUGCAUAAUUUAUGAAUCUACUCCAUUCUUUGUAUAUAGCAAAGGAAAAGAAGAAAGUAUAAUUAUUCACAAUGACGAAACAAAGAAAGAAAUUCCAUAUAAUAAUGACUCAGUGAGUACUAUGGAACAAAAUUCAGAUAAUCCAAACCAGGGCGAAAUAAUAGAAGUAUGGGGGAAAAAGAUUAUAGAAGAGGAAAGACUUCUUUUAUGGGAUCAUGACAUAAAGAGUCCAGUGUUUGAUAAGGAUAUAAAAUGCUUAGUAAGCCAGUCAGAGAUGCCAUUUUUAAUAGACAGCCCAGAAACCCCAAGUAAUUUCGAGUUCUAUUUUAUAAAUAACUCUGAGCAGAAAAGAUAUACUCACUACUUGCCGCGUAAAUACGAAGACCAGCUAACUGCUACGGACAUAUUGAAAUAUGCUGUAGAAAUGCACGGACUAGAGGAAAAAUACACACAUAUAAUUUUAUAUCAUAAAAAAACUCGAAAAUGGUCUAAUGAAAGUGACAAACAUAAUUUUUCGUUUAAAAAGUUACUUGAUAAUGGUUUAGUUCCUUUUAUAUACUACAUUCCACUAUUUUCUGAAAAUUUAAAUAAGGAAAACCCAAAUGAGAAUGAGAUGCUUUUUCUGGUCGAAUUCACAACAGAAAAGCCUAUAGUAGAUGGCAGUAUAUUAAGAGCCCCCCUUUUUUUGAAUGAAUUGCUUUUUAAGAGUAUACGUAAUUUCAAGAUUAGUACUGUCUCUCAGCUGUGUGCCAGUGGGGAUUCAAUCAAUCCCCAAAUAGUUAAAUACAAGGAGAUAGAGCCGAUAAAACAAUUAAAUUAUUUUGCCCCGCAGUAUCCUUAUAUAAUUGAAGUAAUAGAAGAUUUUUCUAUUUAUUCCGAUAUGUAUGUGGACUUAGAGAAUUCAACUAUUACGUCAAUUGAUUCUCUAAUCUCUUCAUCUGCACAUGCUAAGUUCUUCUUUGAUUUCAGGAAAGAGUAUUUAAAUAAUUACAUUGCUCGAAUUCCUUCAAUUUGGGGAUAUUCAAAUGUAUAUAGCACGAAAGAAGGAAACAAACUAAAAUAUGACUCCUUGAAAAAAUCGCCAAAUCUAGGCGUGCAGAUUAUUGUUACACAGGAUGCAAAUUCAGAUCCAGAAACAGAAAGCGACAAUAAAAGUAUAUAUUUUUAUGGGCGCAGUCCAUCUGGGAAAAAAACACUUUAUGCAUAUUAUAAGCAAAAUAAGAAAAUGCACAUGGCGCCUUUUGAAAGCUUAAAGCAAGAAAAAAUGAAAAACGCAGAUAUUUUGCACAUGCGGUUGGAACCCAAAAGGCAUAAAUUUAUAUCAAAUUCCAAACUAUGUUGUGAUUUAUUGAUAAAUCUUAUGAGUAAUUAGGUAUGCCAAUAAAUC